AUGGCCGCCACCGACGACCUCGCAGACGCCAUGGACGUCGAGGUGUCGCCCAAAAACAAGACGUCGUCGGUCGAACACGACAUCCAUCAGUCGCUCGGCGCCAUCAGCAACUCUGUCGAAUCGCUCGAGAUGCGCGCCGACCCAGAUGCCCAGGCAACCGUCACCGACUUUCUUGAUUUCACCGAAUACCUGCCCUCCGAUAUGAUGCGAUCACUGACCCUGAUCGGCAAACUCGACCAGACGUACGGAGAAGCAUCCCUCAACGUGCACAACCUUACCUCCACCUGGGGCAAGCUCCCCUCCAUCCCCGCCGAAGAGCGCCCGUCCGCUGUACAGUUACGCGCCGACAUCUCGGAUGGUCUCAGUCAUGCCGUCAGCUCGAGGGUCUACGCCCACGCCGAGGCGGUCCGCAUGUCGGAGAACGUGAACCGCCACUACAAUCGCGCAAAGACGAUACUGGCGAAACUGAAGGAGAUGCUGGAGAAUUAUCCGGCCGAGGAACAGAAGAGCCCCGUGGCCACUUCCAAGUCUCCCCAGAUUGUCAGGGCGCCGAGGGUGAUGCGCAACGGGGACGGAGAAAGGAUGCGCCGACCACGCAUACCCAGGAUCACCGUCCCUGGCGAAGUGCUGCCGCCCUACGACCAGUUCUUGGCGUACUCGGACGACAGCGACGAGAGCUCGGAAGAGGAAGACGACGAGUCGCUUGGACGCACACCGGCCCGGUCGACGCCGGCCCCCCGAAUCAAAGUCGUCAAGACGCCCAAAGCUCGACCGCCCAAGACUCCGAAGGCUGCAUCAUCAGUGCGCGCCCCCAAAUCGACCGCGAAUCCUCCCGCGGCGGCCGUUCCUGCUGUUGUACUGCAGCCUCCGCCAGAGAACGCCGUCAUAGGAAGCCCCGAUGCUCCCUGGCUCCAGCUGACGCCGUGGGAGCUGGCGAGGUUGAGGAAACGCAUGAAGAAGAACGCAACUUGGAACCCCAGUGACACGAUGAUUUUGCGAGAAUUGAAGACGCUCGGCCGUGGAAUAGACGCCUACAAGGAGGCCAAAAAGAAGGCCGAGGACGAGGGUAGAGUGUUUGAUCAAGUGCCCCCGGCGCUAGCCCCUGACGCCGAGACCGGCAAUAGACAGAUCCCCGAAGGCGCCAUCAGCGCCGCCGCUCUCGCAUCGGACGAUAUCCAGCUAAGCAACAGGGGUAUGAAGCUGAACGAGGCCAAGAAGCUCAAGCGGGAGUCGUUGGCCAAGCAAGCCGCCGAAGAGGCAGAAGAAUCAGCCCGGCAGUUUAGGGAAGCUGCGAGGCUUCUGAUGUCCCAUGAAGCGCCGUCGUCGGCGUCGGUAUCAAACAACGGUGCGGACCAGCCGAAACCCGCAAAUAAGCCGAGUCACAAAGCUAAGCCCAAGGCGAACGGCAGCAAACGCAAGAGAGACUCAGUUCCGGAGGCUGAGGCCGAGAAGCCCGAGCCAGUCGAGACACCGUCGGCUCGACCCACUGCAAAGCGCACCAAAACGGAGACUCCGGUCCCGCUGCCUCACCUAAGAGCCAACCUCGGCUCGCAGCCCUUGACCGAGACUCCCAUACCGCCUCCUGUCCUUACUCCGGGCGGCACCGCGGUUACGCCUAAGAUGACAACACCCGCACCAGCCUCGAUCGCCGGACAGGAUCCUGCAGUGAUGGUGGCUGCGAAGCCGGCAAAUACAACCGCGCCGGUGUCGUCUCCAACGAGUCCAGCCGGACCGCCUGCUUCCGUUACGGGCGCGGGACCGGCCAACAUCGGAACGAAAUUGACAGCGGACCUGGUCGUGCACGCACCGGUACUGUCGCCCAAGAAGUCAACCACGCCGAUUCUUCCCCCGGUACGCGAGCCUGUGUCCAGGAGAGAGACCAGGGCCGACAUGGCAAAGAAGACUCAACAGCAUGCGGAAACCCCGGCUCCGACGCCACAGUCGCAGGGACCGCAAACGCGAUCGUCUUCCGCGGCCCCUUCCAUCAAGCAGUCAAGCUCUCGUGCGGCGACGCCAGGCACAACACCGGUGCCGGAUGGCCAGCGACGUCCCAGCUCCAGAGGAAAAGCUACGAGUCAAGAGCCGCAGCCCUCGCUGGUCACUGAACGACCACGUCGCGCUAGUACCGCGAGGAACACGCCAGCGCCAGAGCAGAGACAGCCGAGCAAGAGGACUAGAAAGCCCGUGCCCGGUAUUGUCAGCAAGACGAACUCCGGGGGCAGCAGUGCUGUAGGCAAGCGUAAGGCGCCGCCCAAGAAGAAGCGCGCCCAGAAGAAGGAAAAGGGCCAGCCGGUCGAGAUCGAGCUGGAGGAGGACGACGAGGGCAACCCAAUCGACCCCAAUGAGCCGCGGUACUGUGACUGCAACAGGGUCAGCUUUGCCGAGAUGAUUGCGUGCGACAAUGAAUACUGCGAUAAGGAGUGGUUCCAUCUAGAGUUCUGGAACGUCGUCAAUGAGGUGGGCAAGGAGAGGUCGCUGGCCCAAUGGGCCGCGGACCACCUCAAAGAGCAAGGCCGGCCCCUGCGUAUAGCCGUUGACGAGGCCCAUUGGAGGUUCAAGAAUGUUACCGAUGCCAAGGAGGCUGAAAUCCAAAAGAGCUGCCCCGGUUCCCACCCUCGGGAGAAAGCCAUCCUUCAGCGCAGCCUACCGCUCCUGCGUCUGGGCAUCCAGCUAAUAUUUGUGUUCGAUGGCGAAGAGCGACCGGAGACGAAGAACGGAGUCAAGAGGCACCGCCAAUACGAGGCAACCACUGCGCUCCUCAAAGACACAUUGGAUCAUUUCCUCGUGCCGUGGCACCAAGCCCCCGGGGAGGCUGAGGCCGAGUGUGUAAUGCUGCAGCAGAAGGGUCUCGUGGAUGCCGUUUGGUCUGAAGACGGCGACUCAUUCAUGUUCGGCUGCACCCUCCUCAUCAAGGACCUGCGAGACGGUAAAAAUCAAAAAUUCAAAGAGCAGUGCCAAGUGUUCGACAUGAGGGACAUCCGAAGGAUAGGGCUCUUUAACAAAAAGAGCAUCACACUCUUUGCAAUGCUAACUGGGUGUGACUACGCUCUCGCCGGUCUCAUUGGCUGUGGUCAGUCCUUGGCCCGACAGCUGAUCAAGAACGGGGGUCUCGUCGAGGGGUUCUGGCGGAUUCAAACCGAGUCCGACGCGGCUGCUUGGCGAGGGCGUCUCGAGGAGGCGAUAGCUGGUAUAACCUCAAGCUCAAACUUGACUUUCAACAAGGAGGCUUCCAACAUCAGACGCUUCCCUGACCUCAAAGCCUUGAAGCAUUGUCGGGAACCGGUCGUAUCCGAAGCGGAAGCUCUUGAUCGUCUCCCGUGUUUGCAGGGCGAGUGGUACGGGACGCACACGGCGAAUAGCUUGGUUGCCUCGAUGCCGUGGAUACAGGCACACUAUUUCUCGCGCAUGACCACCAUUUGGUUGGUGGAGCAGUUCAUACCCAUGACGGUCAACCAGAGGUUAUUGAGGAAUGACCCUGGAGCACGCGAUCUCGUGGCAAAGAUUACGCAGAAGCGGAAGGACGGGCCAACCACCUGCGUGGAAUUCGACCCAUGCCAAGUGUUUCCUGGUAUCGAGGAUGCUAUCAUCGUCACGGAGGGAAUACACCUUCUCAAUCGACGGGGCCAGCGUGAUAUGGACCGGGGGGGACAGGUGAUCAAGAAUACAAAAUUCGACAUUCUCGAUGCGAUCCUCUGUCGGGGACUGUCCGAGACAGAGUUUCAACGUUGGCGAAAGGAGCCCAAGACGCCUCCGCCCAAUAAGUUGCAUCCCGUUCAUCCGCCCGCAGCCUCGCAACUUCAGCAGACGUUCCACAGCAGCAAGGCUUCCUUCACGAAUAGUCCCUUUUCGGCUGCUCUUUACGGGAUCGCAGACUAUUCCAUGUCGUUCGAACCAACCCCAGGGAGUGACACGACCAGCGGACCACAGUAUCUCAUGAAAGAGCAGCAGAAAAUGCACGACGACAUCCAGUCGAACAAAAAGCAGACCCUCGUCAAAAAUGCUCGUGGGACCGACUUGCAAGAACUGAGCGCCGAGUCAGUGGUAUAUCUCUGGGCUGGGCAGGUCGUCCGAUCAAACCCGACGACAAAACAAAUCGGAUCACCGACCGGCCCCGAUGACCUUCAGAGAAAGCGGCCGCCGAAACUUGAUGCAGGUCGAAGUACGGUCCAUACCGCCAACGAUACCAAAACGAGACUCCUCAGCCUCGGACUAGACAAAACUUACAGUCUAGACGACGACGAUGAUGACGACGACGAUGAGAGAAGGGAGACUCCACACGAUGGCAGCAAGAAGAGAAAGUUGCAAGACCCCCGGGCAGCACAGCCGCGGCAGCAGGUGCCCGGGACUCAAGGGAGGCAGGUGCUUCGCGAGAUGGAGCUUGACUCGUCCCAGGAUUCCGUGUGGAGCGUGUCCAUCAGGACGAAGGGGGGCGGACGGAGCAAGCCCGCUGCGGAGGAGCCCAUACCGGGCGAUGCCGCCGAGCCGCAUGCGGAUGGCCGUGGUAAGGGUACAGCUGACGACCCUUUCGAGAUAUUGUAG